AUGGCUACACUAAAAAUUUCAAACGCAAUUUCCAGAGCCCCCUUAGGCCCCAGAAGAUUCCACAAUCCCCUACCUCGGCGCUGGCAGCAACCACCACUCAACGGCUCCUCUGGCUCCCUCUUCUCCACAUCCUCGCCACCACAAUCUAGCACAUCCGACACACCACGCAAGCCAUGCCGGCAUCUGCGCGGCAAAGUAGCCAUCGUGACGGGCGCCGGCAGCCAGGGCUCGCACAUUGGCAACGGGCGCGCAACAGCCCUGCUGCUAGCCGAGAACGGCGCAGCGGUCGUGUGCGUCGACAGGCAGCUGCCACUGGCCGAGCGCACCGUGGCCAUGAUCUCCUCCGGCAACAGCACUAGCAACACCGACAGACAACACGCCGCAGCACUGGCCGUCGAAGGCGACGUGACGCGCGAGCAGGACUGCCAGCGCGUGAUCGCCGCGGCGCUGGCAGCGUACGGGCGCGUCGACAUCCUAGUCAACGUGGUCGGCGUGCUGGGGGCGCGCGGGACGGCCGUCGACGUCAACGUCGCGGCGUGGACGGCCGGCCUGCACGCCAACGUCACCAGCAUGAUGCUGAUGGCGCGGUGUGCGAUCCCGGCCAUGCUCGCCAACAAGAACGAUGAUGGCGCGCAGGGGUGCCGCGGCAGUAUUGUCAAUAUUGGUUCUGUCGCUGGGCUGCGCGGCGGUACACCGAACAAUCUCGUGUAUCCGACGAGUAAAGGUGCUGUGGUCAAUAUGACGCGCGCCAUGGCGGCGCACCAUGGGCGAGAUGGGAUUCGGGUUAAUUGCGUGUGUCCGGGGAUGUUGUACACGCCCAUGAUGAUGCACGCGGGCGGUGGUGGCGGGCUGAUGAGCGGCGAGAUGCGCGAGGCGCGCCGCCGCCGCAGCCUGCUGCAGACGGAGGGCAACGCCUGGGACACUGCCAGCGCAGUCCGGUUCUUUGCCGGCGACGAGGCGCGGUGGAUCACGGGCGCCGUGCUGCCCGUCGACGCCGGCGCCACGGCGGCCACGACCGUGUCGAUGGACAGUUGA